UGUGUAUAUAUAAGUGAUUUUGCAUUUACAGGUAGGGGACGCACAGGCGUCCUACCGUGUCCUCAUUCAAGCCCGCGGCUGUCAAUCACCGGGUCCCGGCUGGUGAUUACUCACCAGCGCCCGUAACUGCUGAGGAUCUCCGAUGGGGCAGAGAACUGUUUGUAAACAAAACAGUUCUCCUCUCUGUCAGCUCGUGCACACUGCUUUGCAUGGCUGUGCACAGCACAGCCAUACAAAGGAGUGUGCUUACAGUGAAGCACACAGACACUGCCCCAUAGUAAAACACACUCAGCACACAGUUAACCCUUUGAUUGCCCCUCAU